GGAUCACGUGACUUUUUAACCUCACCUUUCUACUUAUAUAUAUAAGAUGGGGUCAGAAGGAAAAACAUGUUGUAUUCUUGUAGUAGGAAUGGCAGGAUCAGGAAAAACAACAUUUCUACAAAGAUUAAAUGCCCACCUGCGCAGCCAGGAAAAGAUUCCAUAUAUUAUUAAUCUUGAUCCAGCAGUUUUAUCAGUUCCAUAUAAUGUAAAUAUUGAUAUUUGUGAUACAAUUAAUUAUAAAGAAGUUAUGAAACAAUAUAAUCUUGGACCUAAUGGAGCUAUUCUUACAUCAUUGAAUCUUUUUGCAACAAAAUUUGAUCAAGUACUUGGAAUUCUUAAUAAAAGAACAACAUCAUAUGUUCUUUUUGAUACGCCUGGUCAGAUUGAAAUAUUUACAUGGUCAGCAUCAGGAUCUAUUAUAACAGAUGCUUUAGCAUCAUCAUUUCCUACAUGUAUUGCGUAUAUUAUUGAUACGGUACGUUCUAGGUCAUGUACAACAUUUAUGAGUUCAAUGUUAUACGCAUGUUCAAUUCUUUAUAAAACAAAAUUACCAAUUAUCAUUGUAUUUAAUAAGACAGAUGUACAAGAUGCAGAAUUUGCAAAGGAAUGGAUGACAGAUUUUGAGGCAUUUCAUGCAGCUCUUUCUAAAAAUGAAGGGAAUGCAGAAGGGGUAGAGGGAUCAGGAUAUAUGUCUAGUUUAAUCAAUAGUAUGAGUCUUAUGCUUGAGGAAUUUUAUCGUCAUUUAGACGUUGUUGCAGUUUCAGCAGUAACAGGAUUAGGAAUGGAUGAUUUUUUGGCAGCAAUUGAGCAUAAAGUGGAAGAAUAUGAGACUAAUUAUCGACCAGAGCUUGAACGACUUAUUAGAGAGAACAAAGAUAAAAAAAAGAAGGAAAAAAUGAAUAAUUUAGAACAACUUAUAAAUAAUAUUGAUAUUAAUGGUGAAGAGGUUCGUACAGGAGUUCAAAUACAAACAUUAUCAGAUAUUGAAGAUGAAUCAGAUGAAGAUGCACAAGGCCUUAUUGAUACAGAUGAGAUAGAUACAUCGGAGGCUUUAAAAGGUUCUGAUACAUUAUUUUAAAUUAUAAAAAUUGUUGGAUAAUUUUAAAUAUGCAUUUUUUAUAUU